CGGCCGGCGGUCGUGAGGGGUAACCCAAGAACCUGUAGAAUAUGAGUGAUGACAAACCCUUUCUAUGUACUGCCCCUGGAUGUGGACAGCGUUUUACCAACGAGGAUCAUUUGGCUGUCCAUAAACAUAAACAUGAGAUGACACUGAAAUUUGGUCCAGCUCGUAAUGACAGUGUCAUUGUAGCUGAUCAAACUCCAACACCAACUCGAUUUUUGAAGAAUUGUGAAGAAGUGGGUUUAUUCAAUGAAUUAGCAAGUCCUUUUGAAAAUGAAUUCAAAAAAGCUUCUGAAGAUGAUAUUAAAAAAAUGCCUCUAGAUUUAUCACCUCUUGUAACUCCAAUUAUAAGAAAUAAAAUUGAAGAGCCUUCAGUGGUUGAAACAACUCACCAAGAUAGCCCCUUACCUCAUCCAGAGUCUACGACCAGUGACGAGAAGGAAGUGUGUCUGCAGCAAACUGCCCAGCCUACUUCCACAAUUGUACGCCCAGCUUCUCUACAGGUUCCUAAUGUGUUGCUUGCAAGUUCUGACUCAAGUGUCAUUAUUCAGCAAGCCAUACCGUCACCAACUUCUAGCACUGUCAUAACACAAGCUCCAUCUUCCAAUAGGCCAAUAGUACCGGUGCCAGGCCCUUUCCCCCUUUUGUUGCAUCUUCCUAAUGGACAAACCAUGCCUGUUGCUAUUCCCGCUUCAAUCACAAAUUCUAAUGUGCACGUACCAACUGCAGUUCCACUUGUCAGACCUGUCACCAUGGUGCCUAGUAUCCCAGGAAUUCCAGGACCAUCAUCUCCACAACCGGUGCAGUCAGAGGCAAAAUUGGUACAUUUGUCUUGGUCAGAUCUACGCAUCGUACAGUUACAUCUGGUGGCUUGUGAAAGUGUUAUUGCCUAACAUUUCCAAGGAACAGUUGCGUGAUAUUUUCCCCCAGAAGCCAAGAUGCCACAAAACUGUGUAAACAGUGCAGAUAACUUCUGCCACAUUUGUGGUGAGGUUACAUUUGCAUCUCAAAAGUGCAGUGUGAUGGCAGUGGUAAAAAAGGCAUAGCACCUAUAUUUUGGAUGCAAAAUAGGGGAUCAGGACGAGAGUUGGGCCCCUCAUUAUUGUUGCAUUACAUGUGCAAUUUGGCUAAACAAGAAGAAAAACUCCAUGCCUUUUGCAGUUCCAAUGGAAUGUGGAGGGAACCCACCAAUCAUAGUAGCGACUACUCUUUUCACAUGGUUUCCCCAAUUGCAAAAGGGAUCUCAGGAAAGAAGAAGUGUAUUAUGGAAUAUCCAAACAUCUCAUCCGCAUUGCGUCCUGUACCCCAUGGUGAGGACUUGCCAAUUCCAGAUCCACCAGAAUCCUACUCUCUAGACUCAGAUGAUGAUAAAGACAAUGAACAGGAUGGAGCUGAUCCAGGGCCGUUGAUGUCAGCGGACCCAAACUUUAGGCCACUGUAUGCUCCUCCUGAACCACAUCUGAUUUCUCAGAGUGAACUAAAUGACUUGGUCAGGGAUUUGGAAUUGCCUAAGAGUAAAGCAGAGCUACUGGGCUCCAGAUUAAAAUAGUGGAACCUUAUCAUUUAAUCUGAUGUUAGAACUUGUCAGUUUUUUAUGCAAAAAGCAUGAAAAUGUUACAUGAAAAACCAAUAAAUGAAUGGAAAGUUAUGUUAUUGGUAUCAAUAAAAAGAUAAAUUUAUAAUGAUUGGUGUGGCACCUUUUUCAUUGCUAUAUCACAUUUUGCAGAAAAGUGAUGGAGCAUAAUUGCACAUCCCCCUUGUAAUUUUGAAUUAUUUUGAUGCAAUUUUGACCUUGGAAUUUUGAUCUUGGAAACUGGAGCCAAUUAAUACUCAGGACAUAAUUUUCCUUUAUUAGUGACCCUAAAAUUAAACUACUUUCAUUUCUGAGGCUUUCUCCUUGUAGACCAGAGUUAUAUUGAUGUAAGCAUGAAAACUGGAUCACAAUUUACAUAUUUAAAUGUAAUGUAUUGUAAUUUAUAUCAUUUUGGGAAAAAAAUAAUGUAACCUCAAAAUCCCUAGUAAAAAUAGCAAUUUUAUCAACCACUGUGGCUGAAAAAUUGCUAAUUUAAAAAUUAAAAUUACAGUUGAGACAAUUGUUCCAUUACAUGUUUCUGAUUUAGCAAUUCAUUGUUGUGAG